ACUUGAAUUAUGCAUUCAUAUAUCGAGAACUGCAGGCGCGUGCUUCGAAGCGCUGCAGAAUGAGAGCUUGCGAAUGUGUUGAAGGGGCAGAGCGCUUGCAGUCUAAAGUAUAUCGGCGCGAGGCGCGGACUUCCUCCGGGACUUAUUUGAAAUUUGAAGGGAUUUUUUGUCGGAUUGAUCAACAGUAGCGCGAUUCCAGAAUGAAGUAUAAACACACCGCCAAAGUCGGAAUAUCCUUGGUAUCCUUUCUCAUCCUUCUCUCUGGUUUGAUGUACUACUUUGGACAAGACAAGUGUCCCAAGGGAACAUUUCCGUGUGCGAAUUGCACGAUCUGUAUUUCCCAAAGCGCUUGGUGCAACGGAUUGAUAGACUGCCCAAACGGUGAUGACGAGAAUGAAGAAGAAUGCUUUGACUCCGCCGGGAGUUGGGGAUUCUUUUUCAAAAACCGAACGACCUCAAAAUGCGUACCGUCUGAUACAGAGGAAGUUUUCGUAUGCCCCGAACUAUGCGACUGCGGUAACACCACGUGUGAAGUAUCGUGCGAAAACGUUGGAUACGAAGAGAUUCCCGGAAACAUGUCUAAGGGAAUGAAAAAAAUAGCACUGCGGGGUAAUUUUAUAACAGCUGUAUUGAGAAAAAACUUAAGCCCUUACAAAAAGCUCAGAUCUUUAUACUUGAACGAGAACCGAAUAAUACAUAUCGAGCAUGGUGCUUUCGAAAAUCAGAAACAACUGAUCUGGUUUAACAGACUGAAUGAAAUUCAUAAAGGAGAUUUCAUGGGCUUAGAAUCCUUGGAGAUGCUCCUCAUCGAGGAUAAUCUAAUCGAGUUUGCGGACCUCUCAGAUUUCGCUAAUCAAUCAACUUUGGAGUGGAUAGGACUGACGAAGAAUAUGAUAUGUUCGAAUUGUUUGACACUUCCUUAUCUUCCGUGCUUGAAGGAUCUGUACUUGGACAUGAAUCAAAUCGAGGAGAUCUCAGAAAAUUUAUUGUCCACGUUACCAAGCCUCACCGGACUGAGCUUGCAGAAUAAUAAGAUUCGUUCGAUACACGAAAACGCCUUUCGGAAUCUACACGAACUCUCCGAACUUAAUCUAGCAUUCAACAGGAUCGUCAAGUUGCCAACAGACUUAUUUCUUUCCAUGGGAAAUUUGCAGACAUUGAGACUCGGUUUUAAUCCCAUUGAGAAUUUGACCAUAUCUGUUUUGCGCCCUCUGCAAGCUCUUCAAUCUCUAGAUGUUCAGGAAAUCGAAAUUGACAAUAUGGAUAAAAACAUGUUCGCGAUGCUGCCGAAUUUAUACUUCGUUUACUUCAAAAAAUUUCACUACUGUACAACUUACGCACCCCACGUCCAAGUGUGCCGACCUAGAACCGAUGGAGUAUCCUCGCUAUCUCAUCUGCUAGGAAAGCCGAUUCUGCGAGCUGCUGUUUGGGGUAUUUCUUGCGUAACGUGUUUGGGAAAUACUUUGGUCCUUUGGGGGAGGCUGACAGCGAGAGAUGAAAAUCGCGUGCUCAGCAUAAUCAUCCGAAAUUUAGCAGUAUCCGAUAUGCUGAUGGGUAUCUAUCUUUUGAUAAUCGCAAUAAAAGACACGGAAUUCCGCAACAAUUACAAUCUGAUGGCCAACGAUUGGAUGAGCUCCUGGAACUGCACGCUAGUUGGAAUCUUGGCAAUGAUCUCCUCCGAGGUGUCCGUGUUAAUUCUGUCGUUCAUGUCCGUGGAAAGAUUCAUGCUGAUCGCAUCUCCUUUGAGCAAACAUCGGCCAUUGACCGCUCGGGAUGCCUACUCGUCAAUGAUCGUUAUAUGGGUUACCGGUGUAACGAUUGCAUUCGUACCAGUCAUACACUGGCGAAGCAGCACUAGAUUUUACGGAGCGAAUGGACUGUGCUUUCCUCUGCACAUAGACAACCCUUUUUUCGUUGGUUGGGAGUAUUCGGCCUUCAUUUUCCUUGGACUAAAUUUAUCGGGGUUGUUGGUAAUCGGAUACGCGUAUACCGGAAUGUUCACGAGUAUUUGGAGAACGCGACACGCGACGUCCUUGGCAGUCAGAGACUCGGAAUUUGCGUUAAGAUUUUUCUUCAUCGUUCUAACAGACGCCGCUUGUUGGGUGCCGAUUAUUAUCCUGAAAAUCGCCGCCAUGACCAAUUACCCCGUUCCACCUGAUCUUCAUGCCUGGAUCGUAGUUUUCAUCCUACCAGUUAAUAGCGCUGUAAAUCCCUUACUCUACACAUUCACAACUCCUAAGUUUCGCGAGAUAUUGGGAGAAGGAUGGUUUGGAAGAAUCCGCAACUUCGUCAGCAGGAGACAGUCUGGACAAGAAUCGCAGAUAUCGAGAGCAUCGAGCAACAAAAAUGUGAUGAACGCUAUGUCGAGAGAUAACAAAGAUCCUGAAAUGAACGUUCCAGGAUUUCGUUACGUCAUGACGAACGACGGUAAUAAAGUGGCCUGAAAUUGAUGAAAAAAUGAAAAAAAAUUGUUUUAUGAAAACUGUCGAUUAUUAUGCGCUGAAUUCCGCUGAAAAAAUUAAUCAGAAGCUGAAACUUAUGGAUAUUUGGAUUCGGAUAAAUUUGCGUAUGCGAUCUAAGGCUUACAGCUUGGCGUUUUUUUGUCUGCACAAUUUGCAAUUUAAUCAAAAAAUCAUGUAUCAUAGCAUUUAUAACUGUAGACUUUUGACAUUAAUAAGUGGUCUGAGUAUGGCUUGGGGCCCUUGAGGACGUCGAAAAAGUUUCAUCGAGUUCAAACAUAUUCUGAAAAAAGUGGCCCGUUCGAUUUACAAUGUUCAUUCGAUUGCUACCUUUCCACAUUCACACGUAGGAUUGAAUGUGAUCUCUUUUUUAAUCUUCAUUCGGAAGUGGCUUCUCAGUUAUGUAUAUAUUUGAGGAACUAUAUCACUCAACGUAUACCACAUGACGUGUGUAUAAUUUAUGACGAGCACCCAGUGGGUACGAGUACCGUUAUCCUAUUUCCAACUUCCAAAGUCCGCAGGCUCUUUCGAUUCUAGGUAUACCCCAUCCAGUAUAUCCAUAGACAAAUAUUACGAUGUACAUAUAAUAUACACAUAUACGUGUGUACGGUAUAGUAACUUUGACCGUGCAUGGAAAACAUUUCUCCGCGUACAUUGCCCUCGAUUAUUGAACAGAAACGGGAUUGAAAAACGAAAUUGAUUCGUCCCGGGACCCGGGCGAUAUUAUUCCUCAUCGUCCGGAUCGACCGAUAUCGGGAACGAAGUGA